GACCAGUGUUUACUCAUAUGUUUGUUUAGUUAUAAACAAAUGUCAGAGGAACACCAAAGCUUGAGAUACAGAGCAGUAUUAAUGUGAGACCCUUAAUUCACAGUCACUCUGGGGAGAUCACUGACGUGGAUGGCUGGAUUCAGAGCAAAACCAUAUGGCCACAGUUCGCCACUGGAUAUUUUGCCCAUCCGUGCUAAAGGUAGUUUCUGAUGCAAGGUCCCUUUUUUACUUGUUUCUUACUCAUUUUGUUCAAACUCUGUGUUGAAGCUGAAAUUAUUCUUUCGGAAUGAGUGAGGUAAUGAAGCACUUCGAGAGACUUCCUGGCUCACUGCUCUUUUUGAUGACCCUGGUUCCUCUCAGUCUGGGUGAUAGAUUCACCUUGUUGAUCUCCAUGCCCAACACCUCCAUUUCUUUCAGUAUUGGUCGGAUUGGGGCUGGAGCUCUUAUCGCUAUCAGUUCUGUAAACAGCAGUCCGGACCUUUUGCAAGGUCAUCAUCUGGAUUACCAUUAUGUGGAUGAUGAAUGCAAUGAUCUACGUGGCCCUGGGAAAAUUGUGGAGCUUUACCAUAAACACAAAUACAGUGCUUUCAUCGGGCCUUCUUGCUCAAAUGUCUGCGCAGUGACUGCUAAACUCGCAGCUUAUUGGAACAUUGCUGUCAUCAGUCCCGUAUGUGCAGAUCAACAGUUUCUAGAUAAGGAGGCCUAUCCGACCUUAACAAGAGUGUUUGGACCUUUUACUAAACUAGGGGCUUUCUUUGUGGAAAUCUGUAAGCAGUUUGGUUGGCAGCGCAUCGGUAUUAUCUAUGACAGUAAACAGUCCUGGGCUAUUCCCGUCGAGGGGAUCAGGUAUCAAGCAGAGCACAAUAACAUCACAGUGGCCAAGUAUCAAGAAAUCCAUGGCUCUCUUUCUCAAGGGUCUUUGACGACCUGGUCCUUGGUAUUAACUGAGGUGGCACAAGUCUCUCGCAUUAUUGUGAUAUCAGCACAUGGCAAGGUGGUUCGCAGUUUGCUAAUUGAAGCUCACAAGAAAGGCCUCACCAACGGAGAUUUUGUUUUCUUUUGUUUCGAGCCAUACAAACAAAAGGUGUUAUUUGGCAGUUUUGACUGGAAACAAGGUGAUGGAUAUGACUCAGUAGCCAAGCAAGCUUAUCAGGCUCUGUUUUUCCUGUCUCUGUAUAAACCCAGUGAUAAACGGUAUCAGGCCUUCUCAGAGAAUGUCAUCAAAAGGUCCAAAAUAGACUUUGGCUACACAUAUGCUUUUAAUGAAAAGGUGUCAUUCCUAGCAGCCAUAGCCCAUGAUAGUGUCUGGCUCUAUGCCCAGACAUUAAACGAAACUUUGGCAAAAAAAGAAAACCCAUAUGAUGGCUUAGCCAUCACUAGACGAAUGUGGAACAGAACCAUUACAGGUAUUCAAGGAGAUGUAACUAUUGAUGCGAGUGGGGACCGUGAGUUAAAUUACAUGAUGAAACAAUUCCAAGGUGGUAAUAACCAGUGUCAGGUCAUUGCAAACUAUUUUGGGACUUUUAAGGCAGUACAAGGGGUUCAAAUCAAGUGGCCUGGAGGACGGUCAACUCCUCCCAAAGACUCUCCAGACUGUGGCUUUAAUGGAGAACUCUGCAUCAAUCUAGAGAGAAAAUUCUUGAUUGCUUUGGGGAUUAUUGCUGGCUUGGUGGCCGCAGGGACCGUUGCAACCUGUGCAUUAUACAGGAAGUUCAAACUCCAGGAGGAACCUUCCAAGAUGCUGUGGACAGUUGAUGCUGAUGAAGUCCUAAUGAUGGAGCAUCACUCCUCAACCUUGCCAGCAAAGCCCCACAGAUCCAAACCCAUUCAGGCUUCUUUGGAGUCUAUAAUUUUUAGCAUGCAAGACAAGCCAUCAGCACACAGAACUGCAGUCUACAAGGGGACAAUUUGUUCUGUUUGCUUUCUGAAUUUAAGAAGCACUCAUCUGAGCAGCGAGCUGCUGGCGGAACUCAAACAUUGCAGAGAUUUGACCCACUAUAACCUUUGUAAAUUUAUUGGAGCUGCCCUGGAGACCCUUCAGCCCUUCAUUCUUACAGAGUACUGCCCUAAAGGAAGCCUGCAGGACAUUUUGAAGAAUGAGUCUAUCAAGCUGGACUGGACUUUCAAGUAUUCCCUCAUGCUAGACAUUGUAAAGGGCAUGGAUUAUUUGCACCACAGUCCCUUGCACUGUCACGGUCGUCUCUCGUCAUCAAGCUGUGUCGUGGACAGCCGCUUUGUCCUGAAGGUCACAUAUAUAACAUAUGUUGCACACAUAAAUGUAAAUGUAGAUGCUCUGCUAUGGAGGGCACCAGAGCUGCUGAGGGAGUCCAUUUCAGCUAAUGGAACUCAAAAAGGGGACAUCUACAGUUUUGCCAUUAUCGCUCAAGAGGUAGUAUAUCGUAGAGGGCCUUUCUACAUCCCCAACUGUCACUUCAGUGCUAGAGAGAUUGUGGAGAGGGUCAUGGCGAUAGCCUGUAGCCCACUGAGGCCUCACAUAGACCCAUCAGAGGGUGUAGAGGAACUGGAGGGAAUCAUAGUCAGCUGCUGGACAGAGAAACCUGCAGAGAGACCAGACUUCUCUUCUCUCAGGACUGCCAUCAAGAAACUCUGUCCUAAUGGGGGUUCUGAGAAUAUUCUGGAUAACCUGCUGUCCCGUAUGGAGCAGUAUGCGUGUAAUUUGGAGGAGAUAGUCAGUGAACGUACCGCUGAACUCCAGGAAGAGAAGAAACGAGCAGAGGGACUGCUCACGCAGAUGUUGCCACGAUGUGUAGCUGCUCAGCUAAUAGCGGGAAAGACAGUGAAAGCAGAGACCUACGACUGCGUCACCAUUUAUUUCAGUGACAUUGAAGGCUUCACAGCCAUGUCAGCAUCCCUCACGCCAAUGCAGGUAGUGAACGUGCUGAAUGACCUGUACACAUACUUCGACAAUAUCAUUGACAACCACAAUGUUUAUAAGGUAGAAACCAUUGGCGAUGCCUACAUGGUAGUGUCGGGCCUGCCUACAAGUAAUGGAGUCGACCAUGCAAAAGAAAUAGCAAGAAUGUCAUUAGCUGUAGUGCAGGGCAUGAAGAGCUUCUACAGUCCACACGUACCAGAGCAGCAGCUGAGGGUCCGCAUUGGAGUUCAUUCAGGGCCUUGUGUCGCAGGGGUUGUGGGUCUGAAAAUGCCACGCUACUGUUUAUUUGGAGACACUGUGAACACUGCCUCCAGGAUGGAGACAUAUGGAUUACCACUGAGGAUCCAUGUGAGCAGUUCCACCAAGUCUCUCCUUGACACUUUCAGGACUUUCCUCUGUGAACUGCGAGGUGACAUCCACAUAAAGGGAAAGGGUUGGGUGAGGACAUACUGGCUUUUGGGAGAGGACUACUAAACCUGAACCACACACACACA